GUUGACUGUCAACCCCACGGUAUGGGGGAAGUGGGAGUUUGUUCCGGCAGAAAUAUAGGAUAGGACCAAGCUGUCAUGGUCCUACAUUGAAUAUUACUCUUCUUACGGUUGUAGUUACGUAUAUGUUACGACGGGAACUAAGAUAUUGAAUCUUAUCCCACCUAGAUGUGAUCACAUUCCUUUGGACAUUGGAAAUUGUGUGCGUGACUGUCACUGUCAUUUCGUGUUCACAACAUUCGAAAGAAUGUAGCCUUAUUUGUAUAAAAGGCCUGUAUGAGGAAACAAGUGUUUAAUCGAAAUGCCAGUACUACUUUUCGGUGGGAUUACUAUUCAUGAGAACAAGAAUCGGCUAUGCCUGAAAGUCAGACAGUGACAUAAAUAGAGACGUAUAAAUGAUUCUUUAUUAAUUAUGUGUCAACUAUAUUACGGCCCCAAAUCAAGAUUUAAUGUAGGUCUUUAGUGGGCUGUGCCCUAUAGGCCCAACUAGUCUAGAUCCUGUGUAAAGUGCCGCCUUGUACAUAUAUAAAUUUUUUUUUUAGUGACAAGUAGGCUAGUUGAGUGUGAGUCAUUUUUAAAGCCCAGAUUCUCAGGAUCUUGGCCUAUAAUUUAGGAGGUGACUUCUUGGUUCUGUUGCUUUUCAAACACACCUCUUCUCAUACAAAAUGAGUUCAUCUGAAUUCGCAGGGAUGGGCACUGCUGUCCCACCAAGCUAUUCUCAACAGAAUGGAAGAGCCACCACAGAAAAGCUUUCGUCAGUUUUAGAAAACCCUUUCUAUAAGAAUUUUGGAAGAAAGCAUAAUGUGCCUUCAUACCAGAAAGAUAGUCUUCAAUCAGAUGUUCUGGAUAGAAGACGACUCUCGGGUGUGAUUGACAGUACGUCUCGAAAUGAUGAGUCAGAAGAUAUCGGGGAGUAUCGCCCGGGUUCAGGCUUUGUUCACAAACUUCUGGACAAAUUUUCAUCUCUCAGUGCGAAGGAAGACACAGCGUUUUCUUCGUCUCAUGUAAAACGCUCAUCAAGUUUAGAAGAUCUCACUGGAAGUAACAGUGUUAAGAGCAAAAAUGUUACCUUCAAAGAUCCUGCCAGCCUAGAUGUAAAAUCUGGAAUUGGAAAACCCCUUUCUUCAGUUUCAAAGACAUCUCACAGGGCUCGAAGCAUAGAAAGUUUACCACAUGCUCACCGCAAAAGUAGCCAUCACCACAAUCUUGCCAUUCCGCUUCGCCAUGUAGAAACAAAAAAGUGGGAUAAAGGAAAAGACGCGGUCAUUCCCAAAUCUCCCAGAGACUCUCACGUUGUUGCUCCCGAUGUUGACCUUGCCCGAGAUGAUAUCAUCAUUAUUGAAACAACUCCGUCUGUUGUUGCAAAAAAAGAUGAGAGUAACGAUGAAAGCGACAGUGACAAUGGUACUCCGAGGCUGUUGAGUUAUCGAGAAGAAAGUGUUCCUGAUGAACUUCCAAAACCCAACACUGUUGUUAAUGUCCGUAGCUUGUUUGAGACAGCUUCUGUUACUUCAGGCACCAGUGUCUUUAGAAGACCUAAACCGGAGCCACUGAAACACAUUGGUAGGUCGGGAGAUUUUUCACAAACUGGCUCAGUUACCUCUCCUUCCUCGGGAGAUGAGAGCAACAAGUUGGUAUCUGUUACUUCUCCUAGAUUUGUCAACAAUGAUACUCAAGCCAAUUCCGUUCCAUUCAUUUCACCUUCAAAUACUGCAACAAGUCCUCCUAUAUUUUCUCCUCGCUCCAGUGAAUUGUCACAACCAUCAUUCCAAUCGAAACAUGAUGAGAAUAAGUCUAGCUCUUCUGUCACAACAAACAGCAUUGCAUUUAGACAAAGGUCAGCAUCCCCGCAGGAAGUGACCUCUCCGAGACCUGACACAACGCACAGCACCACCGGAGAUGAUGAGAAAACAGCAAGCCCAUUUCGACCUAGCCCCACGCCCCGCAACACUGCCAGUGUCAAGCCGACUAUAGCCAGCAAAACAAAUGCUCAUGAUUUAAAACCAGUUCCCGUGCCCUAUCCUGCCCCAGCGUCAGCUGCGACCAGCUAUAAAAAGUCAAGCCCCGUUGUUCCUGUGGCGCCUUUCAAGAACAAGCAGGAUGAUAAGAAAGACGACGGAACACCGGUGAUGAUUUUCGACAAAUCGAAGAUCAGUCCCACAAAGAAGCGGUCUCCGCGAACAAAGGACUACACCCCUCUUGAUAAUGAAAUUAGCAAAAAGGAAGUGUUCACAGGGGGCAAAAAAGUUUCAGUUACGUCCGUAAAUGUGAAGAGUUCAGGGAAAGGCCCAAUACCUGAUAUACCUCGGGAAAAUAAAAAUGUGUCAAAAGAGAAGCCACUUAACUCUAGAAAGAGCACAGAGAAUGUCUCUGUGAAUAAGUUAAAUGAUUUAGAGAUGAAAAAAUCGAAGGCACCAGUUCCUGUACUUGAAAAGAAAGAUAUUACAUUGGAGCGGAAAACUCCAACUGCCCCUGCUAGGAGAAGUUUUGAGGUCCCCCCAAAGAAUCAUAUCCAGGAAGAUAGGAAAGCUUUGGACAAACUGUCUAAGCCUUUGCCAGUAAAGACAGCCUCAACAGCAGUGAGCUCCAGUGAACCGAAACCUGAGCCAAAGCAGCCUUCAAAAAUGCUUUACGUAAGUAGCAGCUCUGACGCGAGUGAAAGUGAUGCAACCCCUCCUGAAACUCCGAGAACAAAACCCGACAAGACUAAGAGUGACUCUGAGCCUAUCAAAGGCAUCCCCAGCAUUAUCGCCCAGAGACUGAAAAAGGAGAAGAAUGACCCGAGCCAGGCUAGCAGUUUGACGCGACCGUCGUCGUUAAUAGACAGACAGUUGAAGUCCGACUCUGGUGAGACUGACUCCAGUACAAGUAGUGAAACCUUUUCUCCGAGAGUUAAUCUUUCGAGUACCCCAUCUGUGCAAAGUAAAGAUGAUAAUAAAGACGAAAUCAGCAAUUCCAUCGAAAAUGAGAUUGCUGCCGUUCGCAAGCGGAUGGAGGGAAAUCGUUCCAAGGCGACUGGUGUUGCCCAGAUUUUUGACAGUAGUCAACUGGCAAAGAAACGCAAAGAGAACCAGAGGCAACGUGCAACUUUCAAUGCUCAAUCUCAGGGAUUAGUACCUCCUUUGGACCUUUCUAGCAUCACGGAUGACAAAAACAGAGAUUAUCAACCGAAGCCAAGAGAAAUCAAGCCUUGCAACAUAGUGUUUGUUGGAGAAAAUGCCAAGACAUCACGCUCCCUCCUCAAGAAACAGAGAAAAGUGAAGAUCAACAUCCACUUCAACGACUCAGUCACGGAGACGUUUGAGUACCCGUCAGAGGACCACGCUCUGGAGCUUUACCUGGAGGAGCACCCGCACGACACGGCCGACAUUCUAUUUUUGGAAGACUUUGGGGGCGGCGGCGGUGAUGUUGGCGAGUCUUCGGACGACACAGACACUGUGGAUAUCAUCGAGACACCGGUGACCCCCCGCGGGAACGCUGAUGACGAUUUGCUGAAGUCAAACACGGCUCUCUCUAGUUCAAGCUCCCUACACUCUUACCGCGGCCGCUUCCAAGAAGAGUUUGUGUUUGGCUCCAGCCUCACGGAGCCCGAGCCCCCUCCCAAGGUCGCCAAAUCGGAACCCGUUGACGAUCCGGACUCGAUGACGCUGAGGCCGGCCGACGAGCAGGAGCUGGACACGUGGUCAACGAACAACUCGUCGGACCUGCUGUUUUGAGAGGACGUGGGACCCGUGUGUGUGUGUUGGGUGGGAAUACCUCUAGUUGUCCCCGAGGUCACGUCGGCCAGUUGGAAAUUGCUGCUUUUUUUUUUUUCUUCUUUUUUUGUGCUGAUGUUGAUGGGAUGAGGGGUGAGGAGCGUGAAAUGACGUCCGCCCCCCCACCCUCCUGAAAGAAAACUCAACGCUGUUUUUAUCGGAGCCGCUGUGAGCCGAGGUGGUGGGCGAGGAUCAGAGUGGGCGGGGCUUGGCGGACAGGUCACAGACGUGAGCAGGCAGAGCUGUCUGAGCUUGUGUUGAUGGUUGCGGAAACCUAUCUUAUUUGAGUCUUGUGUGUGUGGGUAAAAUACACAUUGAAAAAAGAGAAAUGUUGAACAAACAGGGCACCAUACUUACUACUCUCAAGUGUUAACUACAGUGGACUUCCAUAUAUUACGUUCAUUGGAAUCGCUUUUUAUAAAUUAUUGUUUUUGCUCCUUUUAAUUCAUUUCUUUUUCGUUUUUUAUAAUAAUGAUGCUGAUGCUUUGUUUAGAUGUUUGAAGGAUGUGAUCAUUGAUGGCUGUUGGGUCUCGCUGGUUGAGUGUUUGCUGUGUCAUUUCUUACCGCGGUAUUGUGUGUGUCUUGGAGAAUGUUUCCUCGUUGGGAAGUAUGGCAGACCGGACUGGAAGCAGUCUGAAAAAUGUCUGAAAUCUCGUCUUAUUCAUCAAUAAUUUUGUCGUGUGCAAAGAUUUUUUUUUUUUUUUGACAAGGUAAGGCAUGUAACUGAAGAACUGUUCCAAGUCUUAUGACUUCUGUAAUCUCAAGUCUCACAGAGAAUUUUAUACACAUAAGUUACCGAGAGAUUCAAAAAAAUGUUUUUUAACAUGUUGAAAACCCAGAUUUCUUGUAAUGCUGUAUGGUGUAAAUAUAAUAUACUUUUUCUUUCAAGUUACCUUACUCAAAUGAAAUGACAGUUACCACGUACUUACUCAGUAUGAUGGUGUCAUGUUCACGUACAAUAUUUGUAUUCUUUUUGUAUUUAUUGAUCAGUGUCUCAAGAUCCAACAGCGCAUUGGUCUAUAUAGUUGUCAAGUAUACACGUACCUCUCCAUAGAAAACUGGUCAACUCAUCAAAUUGGAGAAUUGAUAUCUGGUUUAUUUGAGCAUGAUUAGUUUGUAGAAUUAUUGUAAUCUUACGUAAGUUCCGGUCAUAUUAUUGGAAUGUGAAAAGUUCCGAGGUAGAUAGAGUGAGAUUGCGGCUAGUGCUGAGCGUACCCUCAUGUACCGGAGCGCCGACUGACCCAGGGUCAUGUGCUGGGACCAGUGGUCAUGUGACCAACAUGUCAUUGUGUUCUACAUCUAUUACCAUUUCCCCCGGGAUGAGGAAAAGGAUAUACGCCGGUAAUCCCUUCCUAAGUAUGCUGACAGUUGCGUCUUUCAAAGACCUCAGGUUGUACUCAGAGUUACAUCUUAUCAUUCUUUAUGCAGAAAACAAACGUAGAGACACACGUUUUUAAGAAUUAUCUCAAAAUGUAUUCAUCAAUGCUAAAGACGCGUGUGAUUGCUGGGGUCUGUUGUACUGUAUGUGUGAGUGGUACUAAACAGUACUGUAUGUGUGAGUCGUACUAAACAGUACUGUAUGUGUGAGUCGUACUAAACAGUACUGUAUGUGCGAGUCAUACUAAACAGUACUGUAUGUGUGAGUCGACAACAUCAGUGGGGCACACCUCUUGGUUCUAUCUAACCCCUUCGUGAUGCAGAGUCUGUGAGUGCUUCACUGAGCACGACUUUGGAUCCCCGCAGUCAAAAGGUGGCUUUUGAUAUAGCGAUCGAUUGCCUAUGAAUCAGAUCCAGUUUGUAAAUACGAUAAACUAUCUCUGAAAACAGAGUAUAUUAUUUCGUGAAAAAGUAUCGCUGAAUUUGAAUCCAUAACUAAUGUUACGAAGGACUUCUACUAGAAACCUUGUGGUUAUGGUCAUGGCAUUUGACAAGGCGUGAUGAGCACAGUUUGUCCUGACAGCCUCUUGCCUCCUUGGCCACUCAAGGCGAAAAUGAGGAGCAGUGCUUGUCAUGUACUGUUGCUGGAUCGAUAACAACAACAGCUUGUCAUGUACCGGUAGAUCAUGAAGGGGUCAAAACAAUCUGCCGUGGUGAUCACGGAAUCUUCUCUUGUUUCCUCGCAGCUCAACAAAAGCCGUUGUGUUUGUGGUUUGAUGUACAAGGUACUAGUUAGCUUGUGGGUUCAGUUCAUAGCUAUGCAAUUCUAGAGGCUGCACAUUUGGUUGACAUUUUUUCUAUUUGAAGUGGGUAUCCGUGCCUGGUGUGACCUACUUUUUGUUCCACGUUCUCUCGCCUUGAUCUCCUCAGACGCGGCUCUCGUCUUUUGCUAAGUGGAAUCCUUGAACUCGUUCCUGGUUUGUUCAUAGAGUUCAGGUUUAGAGGGGGACAGUUCCGUUUUUGGGUUUUGUAAAUUUUUACAGUAGCAUUCUGCAAGCAACACGGUUUAGUGAUGCAGAGGAGGGUAUGUGGUUAGGGGGAGGGGGGGGAUGAGGGUAUGUGGUUAGGGGGAGGGGUGGGGUGGGGGUGAGGAACAAAGUCCAAACUGCAUUGUCUCUAUGAAGGAAAUCUGUGAGGUUUUCCUGCCACAAGAAGAAGAGUGGGUGAUGUGUGCGUGUCUAUCUAUAUGUGUGCAUCAGUUCAGAACCUGAACUCAUAUCGUCAUGUAAAGUGCUUUCUCAGUUCAUGUAAUAUUUUGUGAUGGAUUUUUUUAUUUUUUUUUGUUGAUAAUUUUUUAAAAAUAUUUCCUUUCCAUGCUUCUGUUUUGCGGGCAAUGUAGUGGGCUUUUGUUGUGGGAGAUGGCGUUGCUGUGAUUUCUGUUUUGUUCUGGACGUAACGGUUGGUAGCUUAGGGCGGGGUCACUACAAGGAAAGCAGUGGCAGAAAGAAGUAAGAUUCACAGUGUACCGGCCACCGGUUCAGUUGUUUGUCAUUGUAACAUUUUAUAUAUAUAUAUAUAUAUAAAUAUAUAUAUUAUACACACACAUACAUAUACUAUGCUCAUGGCAAUAUUUUCUACCUUUAUUAGUUUUAGCACGACAUCAUAUCUGACACUCUGUCCAACCAACAUAUGUUAUAUGAUAACGCCAAGCCAAUUUUUCACCUUUUUUUUUUGUUUUUGGUCAAAUAUUACAGAAGUAUGUAUAGAUAUAUUUAACGCAGGAAAAUGUUCAGACAACCAGUUUCAUUUUUGUGUUCAAAUUAUAUUGUACCCACCUUGUUGUACAUGAAAUAUGCAUUCUUCAUGGGGUUUGAUGACGAUGAUCGGGGUUUUAUUCCGUUCACCAAAUUGGGUUUUGUUUUUAAAAAAUUGUUCUGGGAAUAUUUUCAGCGCUCCUUUUGUUGCUCUUGAAUGUAUUGAGGUUUUCUUGUAGUUUUUUUCCCCUCCCCAACCUAGUUUCCUCCCCUCACUCUCCCCUUUGACCUCUGAUUGAUUCUGUGGAAUUUUCCUACACACCCUUACUUAUAUAUGCAAUAUGAGAGGUUGACAAGAGAAAUAGAGGUAUACGUUAUUCUUUCAAAUGCAGAGUGAUUGAG